AUGGACGGCCAGAAGAAACCAUCCCGCCAAUUUGGUGUCACUAGCGCCAUCUCAGAGGCCGCGCCUACCGAGCAUGAUAUCAAGCUGAAUGACAAGCUCAUCGAGACGCUCAAGGCGGAAAACGUCUUUGAAACCCCAGAAGGCAACCGAAGGAGGGAGGAAGUCAUCGAACACAUCCAGAAAGUCGUCGAAGAAUUUAUCCGUCGCGUGGGAAAGCAAAAGGGUGUGCAGCAGUCCGUCAUCGAUGCUGCAGGCGGCAAGAUCUUCACAUUCGGCAGUUAUGCUCUCGGUGUUCAUGGACCGUCGUCCGAUAUUGACACGCUCGUUGUCGCGCCUAAAUUCGUGGCCAUCCACGAGUUUUUCGAAUUCUUCCCUCCAACAUUUCGAGAAAUGUCCAACGUCGACGAUAUCAACGAGUUCGUACCCGUCGAAGACGCCUUCGUACCAAUUAUCAAGAUGGAAUACCGUGAAGUGAGCAUAGAUUUGCUAUUUGCAUCGUUGCCAAAGCGGUCUUCGAUACCCAGGAACAUGGAUACCAUCGAGAAGAAGGAUCUGGAGGGCCUAUCGGAGUCGGCAACCCGAAGCGUCAACGGCACACGAGUUACCAAUGAGCUCCUGGAUGCGGUACCGCAGAAAGUCAGCUUCAGGCAUGCUCUGAGGGCCAUCAAGCUGUGGUCCAACCGUCGAGGCAUCUACGGAGCUGUCUUCGGAUACCCUGGUGGUGUCGCGUGGGCUAUUAUGGUUGCUCGCAUUUGCCAACUCUACCCCAUGGCAAAUGGUGCUACCAUUGUUUCCAAGUUCUUCAGUCUGAUGUACAAGUGGACUUGGCCGAGACCGGUCAUGCUGAAACAUAUCGAAGAAGGCGAUUUGGGUCUGCGGGUAUGGAACCCACAGGUAUAUGGUGGUGACAGAGCACACCUCAUGCCCAUAAUCACGCCUGCGUUCCCCUCCAUGUGUGCCACACAUACUGUCAUGCCAUCUACCCUGCGUAUUAUGAAGGACGAAUUUGGAAGAGCGGACAAGAUCCUACAGCACAUCUUUGCAGGAACAAAAGAUUGGAAUGCAUUGUUCGAACGACACUCAUUUUUUACCAAAGACCACAAAUACUACUUGAGCGUGGUUGCUGCAAGUCGGACCAAGGAGGCAAACUCGACAUUCUCUGGACUGGUGCAGUCCAAAAUCCGUCACAUUGUCAAGGGCAUUGAUGAUGGACAGACUGGUAUCGAUACUGCACGUCCAUAUAUCAACUACUUCGAGCGGUAUCAUCGUUGUAAAGAUGAUCAGUUCCACGAAGUUACUCAGGGUUCCCUCGAGUACAUGAUUCCAGCUUCUGAAGUGCCUGCAGACGGCACUACGCCAGCCGACGACGAUACCCACAUCAUCUACACCACAACCUUCUACAUUGGUCUCACUUUACCUCCGGAUGCUACCAAGUCGCUCGAUAUCUCUUAUCCUGUCAGCCAGUUUAGGAGCUAUAUCACAGAUUCGGAUCUUUACGACGAAAAACUUAUGUCCGUCAAGGUGGUUCACACUCGCAACACUGCACUUCCUGACGACGUAUUCCUGCCGGGAGAAACGCGGCCGAAGAAGUCUAGCAAAGAUAAAAAGAAGAAGGACGCGAAAAGUGCUAAGCGCCACUUCGCCGAUACUGGCCUUGACGACAGCGAACAUUCUGCAGCAAAGCGCCAACAGUCCAAGCUUGCUGCCAAUGGAGUCCCUACUCCAACGGCAGCAUAG